ACUUUUCGCAAUUUGGACCUGGCAACCCUACAAACAUCUACCACCCUCGUCGUCGCCCUUAAAUCAACACCACCACUACCUUCGGGUUCCUCACGCCCGUCUCACCUCUUGUAGUGUUGUUUGUUGUUAAAGAUUCGUUACCUGGAACAAAGUUCAAAGUAGCACGGGCUAUGGUGAGCCCGUUCAUGUAGUGGCUUAAUAAUCUGCAUCAAUCAAUUGUUAUACUGUCGUGGGGCGGCGGGGAGCGCCCGGCCCCAAGUCAACAACACCGAGAUGUCUCGGAUUGUUAAAUUUGCUCGUGUUUUGAGGAGAAAUCCCAAGAAAUCCAUAUUCUUCUCGGCAGUAUUAGCGGGUGGUGUGAACUACGGCAACAACAAAUAUGAAGAAAGCCAGAUGAUGCGAGCCUUCUGUGAAGAGGCCAUGGUUUAUGGUGAGCGCUCAAGACCAUUAGGUGAACCUGAGCGACAUGUUACUGUUCUCUUAAAUCCAACAGCUAAGGGCAGCAAAGGCAAAGCACAUUUUGAACGUUACUGUGCUCCACUCUUGCAUUUGGCUGGAAUUAAAGUUGCAAUUGUGAAGACAGAGCAUGAAGGACAAGCCAGAGACUUGAUGGAAAUCAUGGAGAACACUAAUGCUGUUGUUGUAGCUGGUGGUGAUGGAACCCUGGGAGAAGUGCUUACUGGUUUAUUGCGACGAGUUGAUCAUGAUGAAGCUGCUCAAAGAUUUCCGCUGGGUAUUCUACCUCUUGGCAACACUAACACUUGCACUUCAGCUAUAUGGGGAUUUCAGGGAGAUCCUGGACCACGACAUCUAGCUGAGGCAACGAUGGCAAUUGUACAAGACAUCAAGCGACCAAUGGACGUAAUGGAAAUAACGCCAUUACAGAGUCCAGAACAAGAAGGAGAACCAAUGCCAAAAUCAGUUUAUGCAGCAUCCAUGGUGGAGUGGGGAGCAUACAGAGAUGCCGCAAAUAGAAAGGAGGCCUACUGGUAUUGGUCUUUUUUAAAAAGAUAUAUGACCUAUGUUUUCUCCAGCUACAAAGAUAUCACAUGGGACUGCUCAGCACAGGUGGAAUAUUCUGCUCCUUGCAGUGGUUGCUCCCGAUGCCAUGCUGAUACUGGCCCACAAAAUACAAAAAAAGACAAUACACCUGAAACUCCUCGAAGAUGGUGGAUGGCAUAUAUUCCAAAGCCAAAAUUGGUAUUAGGAAGUAAAUCAGAUGAAGAAAAAAUAGACUACAGUACUAUAAUUAAUGAAGAAUGUGGAGUAAUGCACAAGACAACCAUCACCAAUAUCUGUGAUGUUUGUUUGUCGACUAAAAACACACCACAAUCCUUGGAAGUUCCUAGCUAUGCGGUGGCACUGAAAACAGGUCCUGUCGACAUCGGAACUUUCGAAUUUAUAAAAGAAGGUUGGAGCAGAGAAUGGAAUAAAGUAAAAAAUUAUGCCUCGGAAACUAUUGUUGGUGAAAUAACAUUGAGACCAACAGGAGAAACAAAAACAAAAAAGGGUAUUGAUCGAGAACUGAACAUUGACAGUGAAACCUUUGAAGUUCGGCCAAUGAGGAUUAAGGCAAAGCCGAGUGCAGUCACAAUUUUUGCACCAAUAAAUCCUCCAAGUACUGCUCAUGGUGGUUGAAUAAGGAUUUGACAAAGGUUAUCUUUUCCUCAGAAGAAUGUUUUGAAAAAUGGUGAGAGUUCUUGAUUAAAUUCUAUUACAGUUAAAGUACUCUAUUAUGUAAGUGCUAUAAUAAAUACCUGUAUAAGA